CCCUCUCAGCCACAGGGAAGGAAAUGAUCUCUUCUUGCCCCCCCCCGGGGCAGCACCAAUGCCUGUAGGUCUGUAACAGAGCCAAAGCCCCUGCCCCUCUCAGCCACAGGGAAGGAAAUGAUCUCUUCUUGCCCCCCCCGGGGCAGCGCCAAUACCCGUAGGUCUGUAACUGAGAGCCAAAGCCCCUGCCCCUCUCAGCCACAGGGAAGGAAAUGAUCUCUUCUUGCCCCCCCCGGGGCAGCGCCAAUACCCGUAGGUCUGUAACUGAGAGCCAAAGCCCCUGCCCCUCUCAGCCACAGGGAAGGAAAUGAUCUCUUCUUGCCCCCCCCGGGGCAGCGCCAAUACCCGUAGGUCUGUAACUGAGAGCCAAAGCCCCUGCCCCUCUCAGCCACAGGGAAGGAAAUGAUCUCUUCUUGCCCCCCCCGGGGCGUGAGGGUUUAUAUUCGCUGUAUCUCUGGGUCGGUCAGUGGGAAAAUGAAGAGAGAAGCAGAACUGAACCUUCUAUUCAUCCUCCUGUCUGUCUCUUAUGGGGGCGCCACAGAGCGGGACCCACAGGACAUAUUUGCAGCAGAGGGGGCCCCCGUGCUGUUCCCCAUGCAGGAGAAGCUGCGGGUCAGUCAGACCCAGGAGGGGGAGUGUAACCCAUUCACUUGGCAAGUGAAGAAAUCCCAGCACCAAUACCGGGAGACGAUAGCGCGGGCCGACGCCUUGUGCAACCCAGUCCUGUAUGAAGGGAAUUACCCGCCCCCGCGGAGCAACGUGUCUCACAAUGGCAGUUUGCUGCUCUAUAACCUGACCAGAGAGGAUGCUGGGAAAUACACCGUCACCGUGGACACCCUCUGGAGGGAGCAGUGGUUUAACAAAACAUAUAUACUGCAUGUCCAAGGGGGCGCCACAGAGCGGGACCCACAGGACAUAUUUGCAGCAGAGGGGGCCCCCGUGCUGUUCCCCAUGCAGGAGAAGCUGCGGGUCAGUCAGACCCAGGAGGGGGAGUGUAACCAAUUCACGUGGCAAGUGAAGAAAUUGCAGCACAAAUACCGGCAGACGAUAGCGCGGGCCGACGCCUUGUGCAACCCAGUCCUGUAUUAUGGGCAGUACCCGCCCCCGCGGAGCUCCGUGUCACAAAAUGGCAGUUUGUGGCUCUAUAACCUGACCAGAGAGGAUGCUGGGAAAUACACCGUCACCGCCAACACCCUCUGGAGGGCGCCAUGGUUUGAAAAAUCAUAUAUACUGCAUGUCCAAGUUCCCCUUUCAGAUCCAGUAAUUGAGGUCUCGUGUGAGUCGGGGGAGAGGGCGGUGCUGAGCUGCAGGGUACAGACCGGGUCGGACCCCUCCUACACUUGGGUCACUAAUGGGGCAAUAAAGAGGAAUAUGAUCCCCCCAGGGGAGGUGAAUGGGGAUAGAAUCACGGUCCCUUUACCCCUCCCCGGGGGUAUAAGCUGCACGGUGAGAAACAGAGUUACGGAGAAGCGAGUCCGUCUGUCUGCCAUUCGCUGCCCAGGGGGCGCCACAGAGCGGGACCCACAGGACAUAUUUGCAGCAGAGGGGGCCCCCGUGCUGUUCCCCAUGCAGGAGAAGCUGCGGGUCAGUCAGACCCAGGAGGGGGAGUGUAACCCAUUCACUUGGCAAGUGAAGAAAUUCCAGCACCAAUACCGGGAGACGAUAGCGACGGCCGACGCCUUGUGCAACCCAGUCCUGUAUUAUGGGCAGUACCCGCCCCCGCGGAGCAACGUGUCUGACAAUGGCAGUUUGCUGCUCUAUAACCUGACCAGAGAGGAUGCUGGGAAAUACACCGUCACCGUGGACACCCACUGGAGGGCGCCGUGGUUUAAGAAAACAUAUAUACUGUAUGUCCAAGGGGGCGCCACAGAGCGGGACCCACAGGACAUAUUUGGAGCAGAGGGGGCCCCCGUGCUGUUCCCCAUGCAGGAGAAGCUGCGGGUCAGUCAGACCCAGGAGGGGGAGUGUAACCAAUUCACUUGGCAAGUGAAGAAAUUGCAGCACAAAUACCGGCAGACGAUAGCGCGGGCCGACGCCUUGUGCAACCCAGUCCUGUAUUAUGGGCAGUACCCGCCCCCGCGGAGCUCCGUGUCGCACAAUGGCAGUUUGUGGCUCUAUAACCUGACCAGAGAGGAUGCUGGGAAAUACAUAGUCACUGUGGACACCCUCUCGAGGAAACGAUGGUUCAAACAAAUAUAUUUACUGCACGUGCAAGAUGGAGCCAAAGCUGGGACCAUGGACUAACCCCCCUGUGAUGGUGGAUAAAUGUGGAUAAUGGAGUCACCAAACCAACAUGGGACCUGGUUCUGAUCUGCACUGGGGUGGGGGGGGGGGAGAGGGAUCUGUGACUUUGUGAUUGGACCUGACAGGUUCCACCCACCAAGCACAGACAAGGGAUUUACUGGAACUGCCUGAGAGACUUCACAGUCUCCAUUUGAAAGUAGAAAACACUGGGCGAGACCCCUGAGCACUGAGGGUGACAGUCGGGGGGAGCAAAGGGGUGACAUUGGGGCAGAAAGACUUGUUCCCCACAGCAGUUCUGAUCCGAGAGACAUCACGUGACCCCAUGGAAGUGACUGCAGCCAAGAAGGGAGGGGGGGCAGAACGCUGAGUUGGGCACAACCGGAACAGAAAUGGAUAUAAAUAUAUUGCACGGGGGGGGUUCUGUACCCAACACCCCCCAGCAGAACCCUGAGAGAAGUGGAUCAUCUGCCCUAUCUGCCCCUAGUCUAAGGCCGGGCUCUGUAUCAUUGGUCUUUGCUCUUAUUUCUACCCAAGUGGGUAACUUUGUAUUCGCCAACAUGGAACCCCAUCUGCCA